UUUUUACGACUUUUAUCUCAUAAUUCGGACCUUUGGUUCUCAGAAUUAUGAUAUAUGAGAUGAGUUAUGAAGUCAGAAGUGUGAGAUAUAAACUCAGUUCAGUUCUCGUCCAGUUCAGUUGAACAGUAAUGAACUAAGCUGUUUUCAGUCCGUCAUUAAACAAGAGAAGAAGAAGAAGAAUCGAAACUGAAAGUUUGCCUUCAUCUUCAGAGAAGACGCCAUUUUCAGACUAGCGAAAACCAAAACAGUUUCCAUCCUAACUACUGGUGAGAAAGAGUGUCUCUGACAUCUGCACCUUGAAUGAGAUGGAAAUAUCAAAUGCUGAAGAUGUCGUACAACCCCUUAAGCCUAUGCUGGUGGCAACAAAUAUCAUGUGUGAGGAGAGGACCCCAACAGUUUCUAUCAUUGCUCCGCUUCACACCCAACUAUUGAGUGACAUGAGCAGCACUGCUAAGGACUCCCCUCUUAUCAAAGAGUUAAAGAAUGCCAUCUACCAAGACCUCUCAAAGAGAUACAGUUCUUCAGAGGAGAAAAGCAACCUCUACAUUUCGUCAGCCUUAGACCCGAGGUUUAAAUCUCUGCUCUUCCUAUCACCAGAGGACAUGCAUGAGACAUUUACCAAAGUGGUGUCAAAGGCAGCUGCUCUUAAGGAGUCUGCAGACUUGAUGGACAAAAGAUUUCAGAGCACUCCUCCUCCUGACCAGGAAGGAAUGUAUGCUGCUGUUGAUUAAAUGAUAGACUACAGUGAUCCUGGAAAAGAUAUUUCCACUGCACACUGCCCAAAGUGGAGGAAAUCUGCGCUUGCUGAUCUCCUUGGGCAGACGUUCAACAGCAGUAAUACUAGUACGUCCAUGCCUUCAGCUGCCACCAUAGCUGAACAAGAGAUGAAGCGAUACCAAGAGGCUCCAGCUUUACCACGGACAGAUGAUCCAUUGCAAUGGUGGAAAUCUCAGGUUCAUGGGUACCCUCUCCUCUCCAAGCUGGCACAAAGUCAUGGCAUCAAAACCCAUUGAAGUGGCAGCUCUGGGAAGACCUCUGUAUCCUGGUAUGCUGUAUGACUGCCGCAGUGAUACCUUCAUUCCAGGUGUUACUCUGUGGGAUAAGAAAUCAUUGAGUGAAGAUUUGGACAGGCGUUUACAGCUCAUGACAGAUUUGAAGUUCAGUAGCUCCGACUCUCUCUCUAGUAAGUCCAGUGUCCUGGAUGUAAGUGCUUCCCUGAAGGCCAGCUUCUUGGGAGGGCUGGUGGAGGUGGGAGGAUCUGCCAAGUUUCUGCAUGACACCAAAUCCUCAAAUCAACAGUCCAGAGUUACAAUGUAUUACAAAGAAACCACAAGAUUUGAACAGCUCACCAUGACUCAUCUGGGCCAGAUCACCUACCCUCAGGUGUUUGAGCAGAAAACUGCAACUCAUGUGGUCACGGCUGUACUAUACGGAGCUCAGGCUGUCAUGGUGUUUGAUCGGACAUUUUCAGAAGAGGAAAACAAGCAGGAGAUUGAGGGAGAACUGAAUAUCAUGGUCAAGAAGAUUCCUCUAUUUUCCAUUGAGGGAAAGGGAGAUGUAGAUAUGACAGAUGGGGAUAAGAAAGUGACUGAGAGAAUCUCCUGCACAUUUUAUGGUGACUUCCGCCUUGAGCAGAGCCCCACCACUUACAUGGAGGCCCUGGAGGUGUACAAGACGCUCCCCACUAUCCUGAAGGAGAAUCCACAGAAUGCAGUUCCAGUAAAAGUCUGGCUCUAUCCUCUCUCUCUUCUGGAUUCAAAAGCAGCUCAGUUGGAGAGAGGAAUCACCACACGUCUGGUUUCCAACACUGAAGAUAUAAUAGAGGGGCUGUUUGAGGCAGAGAGGACAUGCAACGAUCUCUCUGGAGAAAAACUGGUAAAUGUUUUCAGAGACGUCAAAGAGAGGCUGCGCUUAUUUCAGGGCUCUCUUAACAUUUACAAAAUGGUGUUCCUAAAGGCAGUGGCCAAGGUCUUGCCUGCUAUACGAGGAGGAGGGAUGGACGAGAAGUCGCUGGAAGACAUCCUGAAGAUCCACUACAGCUCCCCUUUUAAUGCUGACAUGCUUAACCAGUGGUUAGAUGAUGCCAAGUCUGAACUUAACCUCUUAAGUUCUCACACCAUAAUGCUGGAGGGAAUCAAAAUUGAAGACUCAAACCAUCUCAACACCAUCCUGCUUAAUUCUGAUAUUGAUGUUGUGGUGUGCCUUACCUUCACAUCUCUGAAGUAUGACCUCUAUCCUUCAAUCCUGAAGGAGUUUCUGGAAUCUGACAAGUUUAAAGAGCUAGAUGGGGAACAAAACAUGGUUUCUGUGGCAAAUGUCAAAAAGUGGUCCAACGAUCCUGAUGUUGUCUCAAAGAUGAGAGAGAACUUGCAUCUUUUCAAAAGUUUUUCAGAGGCUAACAAUGAUGAAAAGAGAUACAGAUUCAUUAUUUCUGCCAUCUCCGAUCCAUCCAGUCCAGGCUCCUCCAUCUAUCUGUAUGAAAAGGAGCUGACAGACACACAGUUCCAGCCCGUGUCGAAGCCUCCCCCACCAGAAGUGAAGGAAAUGAAGGAGCGCAGUGUGUCCCUGAAACUGCAGAAGUCCCCGACUGGAGAAACUGUGCAGUACAGAGUGGAGUACCAGCAGGUGAAAGAGGAAGAGUGGCUUGUCAAAAACACACCUGAUGAAGACUUUACUCUGACUGGAUUGGAGUUAGGAAAGCAGUACUUGAUCCGCUACAGGAUUGUGGGUAAAGUGGGAGUGAGUGAAGCCAGUAACACUAUCGGCCCCAUAACAGAGUUGGAAAAAAGCAAAACCAUGGGAAAAGACCACAGUGAUGGAAAGAGCUUAAGGGUUACACAUGAUAUAAAGAACAACUGGAGCAGUAAAAUGGCUGAUGGAAGCAAUGAAAACCUGCCCAUGUUUAAACUUCUCCUGUCUGAAACAUGGAAGAACAGAGAUGGAUUCUGCAGAAGAAGCACGUUUGGGAAAGAAAACGUCACAAAAGAGAACAAGACCAUCAUGAUGAUCGGAGCCACGGGUUCAGGAAAAACCACUCUAAUUAACAGCAUGAUCAACUACAUUCUGGGAGUGAAAUGGGAAGAUGACUUCCGGUUUGUGCUGAUAGAUGAAGGGAAGCAGAAAUCCCAGGCUGAAAGUCAGACUUCAGAGAUCACGGCAUAUCAAAUCAAUCACAUGUAUGGUUUCCAGGUCCCUUAUUCUCUGACCAUAGUGGACACACCAGGAUUCGGUGAUACCAGAGGAAUCUCACAUGACCAGAAGAUCACAAAGCAGAUUCAGGAGUUCUUCUCUAAUCCAGGAGGGAUCGACCGCAUUGAUGCCGUGUGUUUUGUAGUCCAGGCUUCACUUGCCCGUCUGUCACACACACAGAAAUACAUCUUUGACUCCAUUCUCUCCAUAUUUGGGAAGGAUAUUGCUGAAAACAUCCUUGUGCUGGUCACCUUUGCAGAUGGGAAAACACCUCCUGUUCUCGAGGCCAUCAAAGUCUCUGGCGUGCCCUGCUCCACCAAUGAGUCUGGAGAGCCUCUUCACUUCAAGUUCAACAACUCUGCUGUGUUUGCUAACAAUAAUCAGUCUGCAGGGGAUGAGGAUGAGGACUCUGACUGUGAAAACUUUGACCAAAUGUUCUGGAAGAUGGGAUUUUCUAGCAUGAAAAAAUUCUUCACAUCCCUUAACACGAUGGAAACCAAGAGCUUGUCUCUGACACAGGAGGUCCUGAAAGAGCGACAGCAGCUGGAAGUACUUGUGGAAGGCCUUCAGCCCCAAAUCAAUGCUGGUCUGACAAAACUGGAUGAAAUCAAGAAGACAAGAGCAGCUCUGGAGCAGCACAAGGCUGAGAUGGAGGCAAACAAGGAUUUUGAGUAUGAAGUAGAAGUAACUGUCCCAAAAGAGAUCAGAAACAACACUGGCUACUACUUAUCCAAUUGCCAGAAGUGUCACUUCACAUGUCAUGAAACAUGCCAAAUUGCAAAUGACAGUGAAAGAUAUAAGUGCAAUGCCAUGAAAGAUGGAAAGUGUACGGUGUGUCCAGGAAAGUGUGCUUGGAAUGUGCACUUCAAUCAGAAAUACAGAUGGACUUAUGUCACAGAAAAGAGAAAGGAAACCUAUAAGGAUUUAAAAAAGCGAUAUGAGGCUGCACAUGGACAGGUCAUGUCAAAAGAAAACAUCUUUGAAGAACUUGAAAAUGAGUUUCAGGUUGUUCAGUCAGGUGUGACCAGAGUAAUUCAAAGAUCUCAAAAGUCCUUGGAGCGACUGCAGGAAAUCGCCCUCAAGCCCAAUCCUCUGUCCACCCCUGACUACAUUGAUCUGAUGAUUGAGUCUGAGAAACAAGAAGCCAAGCCUGGGUUUAAAGAUCGCAUUCAGUCUUUGAUGGCUGUCAGGAAGAAGGCAGAGAUCAUCAGUAAGUUUUCCACAGGAGAAGUGCUUCCAGAGGAUUGGAAACAGUACAAACCUGCAACAAGAAAAAAAGCUUUCUAUGAUCCAAGAACCUGGUUCAGUUGGCCCAGUAAUCACUAAAGCAAUAAACCAAAACAUGUGGUUCUGUGGUAAGAUGCUCUGAAUGCAUUUUUUAUUAUACUUACACACACUUUAAUACUUUAAAAAUACUUUUAUGGUGUAGAUUCCUGUAUUAUUUAGCCUAUUUUUGUCAGUCUUUUUAUUGUCAUUUAGUAAUACAUACAAAGACUCCCAUCCCCACAGAACAAGCUUUCACUGCAUGUUAAAACAUAGUAAAUAAAAUAAAUAAAUAAAAUCCACAUAAAUAUACAUUUAUAUACAUACAUAUACACAUACAUACAUACACAUCAAAAUAAAUAAAUAAAUACAAAUAAAUUAGCAACUAAAUAAAUAAAAUCAGUGUGUGUUAACAGAGGGUAGGCUAAUAACAAAAAUUGAUCAAGACAUAAUUAACUUGGGAUCCAUGUUAUAUAUCCAAGUCAAGACCGGCUGCCAAGCAACAUUGAAUUUACAGCUAUUGCCUUUUACUGAGAAACAAAUUUUUUCCAGUGUCAAAUAGUGCGUAAGAUCUCUAAUCCAUUGUGCAAAGGUAGGUGGAUACUUAUCUUUCCAUUUUAUAAGUCUUCUUGCUAAAAGGGUGGCAAAGGCCAUCACACGUUUAGCACUGUUGUGUAGUCUAAUACCAUAUUUUGGCACUCCAAAAAAUUGAUUUCCAAAAGCCUGUAAAUUUUGAGCAUGACCAAAACACAUGCGAAAGACUGGCUUGUUCCAUUCUACACAUAUCACAUAUUGCAUCUACUUUUGAUGUGAAUUUGGCUGGCUUCACCUUAGACCAGUGCAAUCUAUAAACAAUUUUGAAUUGAAUGAUUUUGUCGCAUACAAAUUGAAGGAGAAUGUAUCCUAUGUAUAGCAUCUUGCCAAGACUCCUCUGUCAUUUGCACUUCAAGCUUAUCUUUCCAAUGUUUUUUCAGUGAGAUCAUAAAAACUUGAUUAUCUGAAUUCAGUACUGAAUAAACUGUUCCAAUAAUCUUCUCAGCAUAUGGUUUAAGUUCUAGUAUAGUUUCUAAAGUAGAUUUAGGUGGUGGUAAUGGAUAUGUUUUUGAGCAUGAUGACAAAAAACUGUGUAAUUGCCAAAUCCAUACAUUUAAAAUUAUGGAUUAUUUAAAAUUUAAAAUUAUUUAAAAUUAUACAUUUUUUAUACAAAUGGCCAAGAUGGCGCCGGUGUUUGUGGCUUGCCGUCUGCUUCUCAGUUUGUUUGUCUUCACUCUGUCUGCUGUUUUGUGUUCCUCUGCUACGAGCUUGCCAACUCUGUUACAGUACGAUCGUCAAACUUUGUUGGAGAUUAGAUCUUCGAUGGGAAAGUUAUAUACCGUUUUGCCGAGCGGAUUUGAUGCCCAUCUUCCUCCUGCUCGGUGUCAGUCGCCGUCCUGUUUCUGCCGGCUACCCUUUAUUCCUCGCUGGAAAAAUCGCCGAAGAAGACGCGGAACUCGUGGUGGCUUUUUGGUCAAGUUAAAGGCAAGUUUAUUUUCGCGGCAGUUGCCGUUUCAACGCUAUUCCUCUGAUGGAUUCUUUGAAGGGAAAGGAUUGCUCUAUAACUUUGCGCUCUAUGGAAAUACCAUAUCAAUGGAUUACUCCUGUGCUCCCUGCUACUUGCAGUGAUUCUCCCGCUGUCCCGUCUUCCUAAAUUUCGCUCACGGAGAGUGAAUUUGCAAAAUCUACGUUCCCUGCAGUACGAAUCGGGUGAGCAGAAACCAUUAGCAAAGUUAAAGUUUGCUCUGAUAAAUGUGCGGUCACUCGCAAGCAAAACUUUCAUUCUCAAGGAUUUUUUCGACACUCAGAACUUAGACAUCUUAUUUCUAACAGAGACCUGGUUAAAUACUGGUGACUUAAGUUCAUUCUCGGAGUUGCUACCAUCUAAGUGUGGUUUUUUGAACUCCCCGCGGGCCUCUGGUCGUGGAGGUGGUUUGGCAACUAUUUUUAAGAGCAGCUUGAACUGUCGGACUCUGAACACCACGUAUUAUGCUAGUUUUGAGCUGCUGUUGUUUCAGUUGAAUUCCUCAAUACUCUGUGCUGUGAUAUAUCGUCCUCCAAAAUUCAACAAGGAUUUUAUACAGGAUUUUACAGACUUCUUGGGCGAUAUGUGUUUAAAAUAUGACAAACUUUUAUUAGUGGGGGACUUCAAUGUGCAUGUCUGUUGUUCAUCAAAUCCACUGGCUAAAGACUUUUUGGAUUUAAUUGACUCUUUUAACUUUGUUCAACAUGUUCAGGGUCCUACCCAUGAAAAAGGCCACACCUUGGACUUAAUUUUAUCUCUGGGCCUGUCUGUUGGGGAUAUUGAAAUUCAAAAUGCAGUCUUUUCAGACCAUAUGUUUAUUUGUAGUAGCAUUUCUACAUCAUGUGUCACUCAGUCUAUUUAGUUCUCCAGGUCGUCAGUUUCGUCAUGUAACUCCAGCUACCACUGAGAGGUUUAAGACCUUAUUUUCUGCAUCAGACAUUUUUGCUACUCUUGAAGGCUUUUGUGAUGUUACUGCAGCCUUUGAUAAAUUUAAUUCUACAUGCUCCUCUAUCUUAAACUCCAUCGCCCCAUUAAGGGCUAAGAGUGCUAAGACCAAAUCUGAUCCUUGGUUAACUGAGCAUAUAUGUAAUUUAAGACGAGCUUGUAGGAGAGCAGAGCGUAGGUGGAAGAAGGAUAAGUUACAGGUGUCGUACACCAUUUUAAAGGAUGCCUUAGUUACCUAUCAGAAUGCUGUAAAAUCUGCUAAAAUGAAUUACUUUGAUGGGCUAAUCUCAAGAUAUCAUGGAAAUUCAAGAGUAUUGUUUAAUACAAUUAAUUCUGUACUUAAUCCUUCUGCCACUGGUUCUGCUCUUCCUGCUACAGCGUGUGAUGACUUGUUGAAUUUCUUUGUUCAGAAAGUUACUGAUAUUAGAAUGCAGAUUGUGCCUGUUUCUUUUAAUUCUUUAUCUAUCUCUUGCCCAUCAGUAAUAUUUAAUCAAUUUUCUCCUCUUUCACUUCAGUCGUUAUCAAAGAUAAUUGGCCAGUUGAAAUCUACAAAUUGUUGUCAUGAUG